UUAAGCAUCUAAAAUAAAAAGAAAUCUCACUCAAUCCACUAUUUACAAAAGUAAAAAUAGAUUUUUGGACGCCGUAGGGAGCUGUGCUAAUAACCGCACGUAGCAUAUCGAGCUUCAGUCCAGUUCUCAACACUAAGAGACGCCGAUCUCCGAAUUUUCUCGCCUUUUUGCCCCUCGAAAAUCCGAAAAAAUGGUUUAUGAAAGCGAUUUUUACACGACCAGGAGGCCCUAUCGUGCCACUCCUUCCGUUUCGUCUUACACUAUUUCGGGUGUGCCUUCUCGACAAGUCAGGGUAUUGCCGGGAUUAGGGAAGGUUCACGUAACGUAUACAUACGACCGCAUCGUACCGUACGUGGGGCACAAGCGGCUUACGGUCGUAACGGCCCCUCCCAGAGUAUGGGGAACGCGACCAAGUGUUCUUCAGCGCGAAUUCGACCGUAUCGAGAACAAAAUCCGUCCUUGGACCGGUUAUUCCGCGACUAAUCGCUACCUCAACUCCAACUCCGCUGUGAGAACUUACUACGUAAAUUACCCAAUAACAGGAUCAGAUUACUACGAUUACUACUACUCGCUCAAUUCACCCUCAACGUAUUAUUCUCCAAGGCUAUAUAGAUGGUACUCUUCUUGGCCAAGGGAAUACCGUACAUAUUGGCCCAUGUACAGAACCUACCUCAGUAGAUAUUUGAGAAACUAUUACCAAAAUCUCGACUGGCCCAGUUACUACUGGUCUACUUAUCUACCCUACACCAAAAACUUGGACUACGAAUUUAGCGAUAUCGAAAACAAAAUCGAUAAUCUUCGAAAAACGAUUUACUUGGACUACCCCUAUCCAAUCAAGGCUGUGGAUUAUACUUACUACCCGCAAUCUUACAAAAGCUACACCCCGCUUUCGCUCUACUAUGACUACUACUGGCCCCUCAGCAGUCUUAACCGCUAUAGCUCCUACUGGCCUUACUAUCCAUACCACAGAUACUUGUACUACAAGUAUACUUUGCCUUCCGAUAGAUAUUACCAUUUAAAAGGAGUAAGUAUAAGUAUACUCGUACCAUGCGAAAUACAGAAGAAAAUGAUUUUCCUUCGAGAUCCAAUUCGUCAUAUUACAGACUAUAGGAUAUAUCCAACAACUCCAAAAUAUCUUCGUCAUAAAGUUUACAAACCUCUAAGUUUGUAUUGCGACUAUUAUGACCCUAUCAGAUCCCUAUUCUGGGAUUCUUCAUAUUGGCCAUUGUAUAAGACUACUGAAUCGUUUAUCGAUCAAUGCAAUCAAGGAACUGGAGAUCGGUUACAGAGAAUAUUCGAUGACGAGACGAGACUUAUUCGCGCUCAAACGGCGUCUCUGUUGAAACGGAUUCAUGACCCGGUUCCUCGUGUCCAACGAUACAGCUGGCCCGCGGUCGCUGCAAAAUACGAUAAUGGUCUUCCGGCCAGACUACAUAACGACAACUACAUCCACCGGUUGUUAGUGACCUCGCCUAACUCUAAAACCGAAUACACCACCUAUUACACGGAACCCGUUAAAAAAUAUAUCGGAGCCGGUCAUUUAGCUGCUGUUUCCUACGCAGGCGACAGAGUAUACAGCCGCAGGCCCCACAUCUACCUCUACGAAGAUCCCUUGAAGAAUGACAUCCAACUUUUGAGCUACUACAUCAACAAGUUCAAGCAGGAGAAAGCUAUUACUGCAAGCAGUGAGCCUGCUAAAGUGCCAUUGAAUCCUGCUCGUGCUACCCGCAAGUUUACUGCAAAGAGAUUGGAAGAUGAUGAGGAAGCAGCAAAGGAAAUGCAGAAACUUCGAGAGGCCAGAGCUGCAAGAUUGGCGUUCAUAAAUGAGGAGGAAAAGAUUGAAAGGUCGUCGGUAGCAGUGGAUGAUGCGGUAAAAGCCAAGAAGAAGAAAGAGGACGAGAGGUUAGCAGAAGAAAAGGCCUUGGCAGAAGAACAAGCAAGGCGAGAGGCCCAAACCAAGAAGGAGGAAGCUGCAAGAAAAGCUGAGUUGGCUAGACAAGACGAACUUGCUGCACAAGCUGCCGCUGAAAAAGCUGCCGAGCUAGAACGACAAGCUGAACAGGCACGCAAACAGGAAUUGGCUAAACAGGCUGAAAUAGAAAAGGCUCGCAAGGCUGAAGAAGAGCGCUUACGUCAAGAAGAACAACGCAGACAAGAAGAAGAAGCUAAAGCAGAAGAAACAAGAAAGCAGCAAGAACGACUUGAAGAAUUAGCUCGCCAAGCUGAAGAAGAAAAACAAGCCGAGCUCGCCCGACAAGCAGAAGAGCUUGCCGAAUUAGCGAGGCAAGAGGCUGAAUUAGCUGAGCAGGCCAAACGAGAAGCAGAAUUAGCUGAAUUAGCCAGACAAGAAGAAGAACUAGCCGAAUUAGCCAGACAACAAGCAGAAUUAGAAGAAUUAGAACGAAAAGAAAAGGAAUUGGCCGAACUUGCAGAAAAGGCAAGAGAGGAAGCUGAGGCUGCUCAAAGAGAAGCUGACGAAGCUGCUAGACAACAACAAGAAGAAGAGGAACAACUCGUUGCAACUACUACAGCUGACGAGGCUGACAAAGCUGAGGAAGAAUUAGCUAAGCAGCAAGCUGAAUUAGAAGAAUUAGCUAAACAGGAAGAAGAAUUGGCUGAGUUAGAAAGACAGCAAGCUGAAUUAGAUGCACUAGAAGCAGAAGCGAAAGCUCUUGAAGCUGAAAAUGAGCCACAACCUGAACCCGAAGAAGAAGACGAAGAAACACAAAAGCAAAGAGAAAUGGACGAACUUAUUCAACAAAAAUAUGAAUUAGCUGAAUUGGAAAGACAGCAGGCUGAGCUUGAUGCUCUUGAAGCAGAAGCCAAGGCAAUGUUAGGAGAUGACUUGGAACCUGCAGGUGCUUACGAUGAUGAAGACGAGCCUGCAAUAGCUGAAGAUACUCCAGUACAUUCAGAUGUUGAAGAAUAAUAUUACUUUUCUUUAUUAAUAUUAUUUAAAUUUCUAAUACAAUUCUUACAAACAAAUUAGAUUUUAAGACUUUUGAAUAAUUUUGAUAUGAGUUCAUCUUUGUUUAUAUUGCUUAUAGUGACGCAUUUAUGGUUUGCAUUUUCCUUAGUUUGUUGUAUGUCAAUAGGUCUAUUUAUGUUGUUUUUUAAUUUUUACAUUAGCGACUCUCUAAUAUUUUCUUCCUUAUACGUAAUUGCGAGGAAAUGUAAAUCUUGUUACUAAAGUUAGUUGUUAUUCCUUCUCUGUUUCUGUAAUAAAUGUUGAUGUUUUCA